AUGAACCGUAACCAAGCCAUCCGUCAGCAAAGAAACAACAUCCGUCGUCAGAAUCGGAGAGUCCAUGAAUACAUAGAGAGCAUCAUGUGCGCUCUAAUCGCAAUCUUGAUCAUCGGAAUUCUUUUCAAAAACUUGAUUUGGCGCUGGGCAGCAGAUGAUUCUUCAGACGUCUGGGCUGUAUAUGGUGGUAACCCACUUUACUAUUAA